AAAAUUCGUUAUUAGAAACUGAUAUUUAUUGCACUGCCAAAUCUUGGGAAACAAAACCACCAAGAUAAUCCAUCUGCUGCGGCGAUAACUCAUUCUGAGAUGACUCGCUUCGAACGAAUUUGAAUCCAAGGUUGUCUUCUUAUGUACUGCACGGUACGAGAUGGGUCUUUUCACUAUCAGGAAGUCAAAGAACGAGCCCUCGGGCUCUCCCAGCACAGACAAGAAAGGCAAUGAUGACGACUCUCAGGGAGGAAAGGCCUCAUUCAGGCGGAAGAGUUUGUGUCAGAAAGUUGAUACCACGGGUGUCAUAGCGAUUUUCCUCGGCCCACCUAUGUUACUUCUAGCCAUCACAUUCCUGGUUCUUUUUUGGUGGGAGUCAAUAAAGGCGAUUGAGGGGGAAGAGCCAGAGGCAUACUGGUUUCGCAUUGUCGAUGCAGACUGGGCGACUCGACUGGUCACGAUAUGCACCACCACUAUCCGAGCCGUGGUAUCCUUCCAGGCCGGUCUUGCUACAGCGAUGGUCGCAGGGAUCGUCCUGGAGACCAGAGGUAUUCCACUAUUCCACGGACCGUUGUACUCCAUCCUGCGAGCGGUUAAAGUGGCACCAAGUAGCCUGUUCACCGCGACCGAUUUUCGGCCUCAUCUGCCGCCAUUCAUCUACACACUCGUCGUCGCCGAAGUCCUCGUGACUACUGUCUCCCAGUUCCUUUCUACGAUCUACCUCUCUGACUUCACCGAUGGUACCUUCACCCAGAGCGAUAACUCCACGAACGUCAAGCUCAUCGACAGCGGUUAUAUGGCUGCGAAUGGCUGGUGGACUAUGCCCCCUGCAGCGAGCUGGACCUUUGGCGAGCUAUCGGAGCCCUUCAAGGAGGCAACAGGGUACCAUGAUACCGGGCAUACGUUCCGAGCUUUUCUUCCUUUCGAUGAGGAGGCACAGCGAUUGACCUUGCGAAAGUUCCGUGGCCCGGUCCCUAUCAUGGACCACCGUGUCGUUUGCGCAAGCGCGCCGCUGCAGAACCUGACCCUCGCUUUGUCUACUGGUGAUGAUGCACAGCUGUCCGGCAUAAUCCCCACGGAUAAUCUGUCAUAUCCGUUGCUGUUUAAUGAGAAGACAGAGCCACAUAUACAAUUCAGCUGCAAAGUACCCAGACCAUAUGUGUGGGAGUCCAGCACCACAAAUGAAACCGGCAUAUGCCUCACUAGCACCGGGAUAUUAAACUGGACGGUGCUGCAAGAAAAUCCUCUAGUUCAGCCGGGCGGAUAUCCCGACGCUUCGCAGUUGUUCAUCAUCAUUGACCUCGUCUCUGAGAUGGCGGUCCUUAACCAAGGCUUCGCAACGACUAUCGAUCUCCACGCGGUGCAGACCGACGGCCCUUGGUCGAUGGCGAGAAAUGCAUCCGGUGCCGAUGCGUUGCGGGUGUCAGCCUGCCUCACCAACCUGGCCAGCCAAACCAUCACUGCCGGGAUGAACAGCUCGUCGGACAACCAAGAGCCGAAGCUGACCUGGAACAAUUACACGCAGGGGUACGACACGGAAGCCUCGCGACGCCAGCUGGGCGCCUCACGUACCCGGGAUAGCUUUGAUCGCAGGGGGGUGCUCGCACUGGAGCCGAGAUCCCAGUGGGGACAGGUGGCCUCGGUGAAGAACUACAGGACCGGAGAUAUCAACGGUGCAAUGACAGGGUUUUUCAUGGCGAUCCGCGUGUCCCUGCCCACAUUUUUGAUGUCGUACAGUAACUUAACUUCCGAUCCAGGCGCCAUCUUCUCCAAGAGGGAUACCGCAUUCGCUGACGCAGCCGCACAUCAGACUCACGUGGAUUUGUUUCACGACACUUUGAACGCGACCGACAGCCCGGCUCUGGCUAUCCAGGCUCUGCUCACAAGGAUAUACCAAAUGUGUUAUUACGACCAGUUUGCCAAGUUCCAAGCGACAGCAGCAUCGACGACUGCAUUCUCGACCGUCGAGUCCCUCCCGGCCCAAUGGACCGGCUUCAUUUUGGGCACGGUACUCGUUGCAACCCAUCUCGUCAUCGUCACGAUCAUCAUCAUCCAGUUUAUCAAGCAGACAGACCACUCUAUCAUCGGUAAUUACUGGCAGACAGUCUCGCAGGUCGUCUCGGAGGAAACGCGCCCGAUACUGGAGCAAGCGGAUAGAAUGGAUGACCAGGAAGUCAAGCGCUGGGUCAAGCGCAACCUCCAGCACUUCAAGAGUCAUCGUAUUCUGCGGGAUCAGCGUAACGGGCAGGUGUCUCUUGGUAUGGUAGAGAGCGGUGUACCUAUCAAGAACGAGGCACCGCCCGGGUGGAUCUGAAAAAAAAAAUCCGAUACAUGCAGUGCUUCGGAAGAUACAUGUACAUAUCCUGGAGAUGUUUUUUAUAAUCGUUCGUACUGUGGGACACGGUGCGGGGCCACGU